AUCGAUCCGCAAUAUGCGCCAGUGAUUUGAUACGGUCACCCGCAUUAGUGGUAUCCUAGCAACAGAGGGAAAAAUAUCAACAAUAUUUUCUGCUUGUGGCCAACAGGCGAGUUGAAAGUAUGUCUGCAAAGGGGGCAACGGUGCUGUCAGAGGCAAAGACCCAGUCGGAUGAUCCUCUAAAGGACCGUGGACUGUCACAGAAGAAGCAAUUUUCCCUUGAGGUCCAACGCAUCUCAAGCAUACUGGAAAACUGCAUCAGUCAAGUUGAGAUUGCAGCGACUCUCCCUGCUGUCCUCCAGUCAAACAGUGCAUCAGGUGUUGCGGACCAGGAUUUGAGCAGGGCUCUUCAAGAGCAUCAAAUGUUAGAAGAAAGACUGGAGACACUAGAACGUCUCAAGCAGGAGUCAGAUGGGGAACAAGAGGGAGAAGCAAGGGAGAGAGCAAAGGUUCAGCUUGAGAAGGACAUCAAGAACUCUGUCAGGAAUCUGCUCAGGAUUGUCCGAGCACGUCCAGAUGCCAUGGGUUUGAGGGCAGAGCUAGUUAUGGAAGUAGGGGAGAGUGAGUAUAUACUAAUUAGAGAGCUUCAGAAGUUUCACUGCCAUAUGGUAGAAAAGUUGCUGACCAUUGUGGAUGAGGAGCUACAGCUGGUUCUUUACAAGCAGGUGCCUUCACCCCCUGCCUUCAAUCUAGAGCACAUGGUUUCAGUGGAAGAGGGAUUAACUACUGCCAUGAAGGAAGUGGACGCAAAGAUUUCUCAGAAAAAGGAUGAGAUUGAGAAUUUGCGGGGUUCUCUGCAAACGAAAAACACCCCAGAAGCAGGUAUGUCACUUCUGGCAGACAAGCAGUGUCAGUCACUCAUGAAGACAUCAAAGUUGAAGCAGACCAGCAUAAAACGGGAAAUUGAUCAACUGAACAUUCAGCUCAACAACAUGAUCCUUGAAAACAGACAGGCGGAGAAAGUGAUCCAAGAGAAAAAUGAAAAGGUGGAGACAGAAAUUGAAUACUUGCUCCAACAUUUUGACACUGAAAUAGAAGAAACCCAGGCCAACCUGGAGUUGAAUGAAAUGGAUUAUGAAAGGGAGGAGGAGGAGCUGAGGAAGCUGGAGAAACCCCUUUCUGUCCUGGAGGUGGAGUACAACCAGGUCAUGGAAAAGCGUCGGCUGGCAGAAGAGAAGAGAAAGGAGGAGAUGAGGGAGCUGUUGUUGAAGACCAAAGCCGCUAUUUUUGCCCAAGCCUGGUGGAGAGGCUACAGUACUCGAAAGGCCUUAAAGAACAAGGGUAAAAGCAAGAAGGCCAAAAAAGGCAAAGGCAAGAAGACGAAAUAAACCACUGGCUAGUUUUAUUACUCUGGUGCUACACCGACACACUCUCUACCAGUAGAACACAAAUGUUUUUGGAUGUUUUAUAUAAAAGAACCUUUAUAUACCAUAAUACCCCAUAUUCAGUGUAUUUGUCAUUCAUGUCUUGUUUUGUAAGUAAGGUAUUUUAUGUUUUAAACCAGCAUUUACUAUUUUUGUGAACUACUGAAUAUAAAGGAUUUCAACGCUUUCA